GUUACACAUUGGGUGGAGCACUUGUAUAGUGUAGAGGGUGACUUAACAGGACAGGAACAAUAGUUGCAACUUGUUGACUUCGAGCGAUCUUUACAGCAGGCGACUAAUAUCAAGCAUGUUUCGUUGUGGAAUUGCCUAUCCAAGAUGCAGGUGGAUCCUACCUCUUCUUCUGCUCUUUGCCGUCAUUUUUGACAUAAUUGCAAUCGCAGCACAAUCUGGAUGGGUAGAAGACGAAAAUGCCAAGUCCCAUUACGCGAGCAUGUGGGAGCAGUGCCGAGGCCGCAACAACAAUUGGACCUGCACGUCGCUCUUGGAAUUUCCAUGGGCUCAGGUUGUUGUUGCACUAAUGAUCAUCGGCCUAAUAAUCCUCAUCGUAGCCUUCAUCAUAUCCUGUGUUGCACUCUGCUGCACCCUCAAUAUUCCCAUCUUGCCCUUCAUUGGACUUCUCCUUUUCAUCGCUGUGAUCUUCCAGAUCAUCGCUCUUAUCAUUUAUCCCGUGAAGUUCAACGAGUUGAUCUUUGAAGGCCGCUAUGACUACACAUGGGCGUAUGGCUUUGGAUGGGGAGCCACCAUCCUCAUGAUAGGCUGUGGGGUUCUCUUCUGCUGUCUACGCCGAUAUGAAGACUAUCUCACUGGCUUGGAAAAGACCAAAUACAUCUACCAAUCCUCCUAAAAAUGUCCUCUCAGACCUAUCAUAUGUCACACAGUUUAAGCAUUGCUCUUUUAAAAAAUCUUUAUAUUUUGACAAAGACUUUUAUAUUUUGACCGAUUUAGAAUAUAAUAUAAAGCCCCAAUCCGGAAUUGGCAACACAGCUCUACAGUUUGCCCAAGAUUAGAUCUUUGCUAAUUAAGGGCAUGGUAGACAUAUGUACAGUAUUAUAUGCCUUAUAGCUGUUCAAAGCUGUUCUGUGUUUUCACAAUACCAAAAAACUGCCAUAUGUUUUUCUGUGAUUCCUGUUUGGGGUUUUAUUUCAACUCUGUGGACACUGGUUACUGCUAGACUGUUGUAGUUGCUCUAGUGGAGCAUCUCACUCUUGGCCCACAAGAAAAUGAAUGCUUUGGUUUUCAUUAUUAACAAACUGCUUUUACUUUCAAGCUCUUCUGCAUCACUAAGCCUGGAUUAUCUCUGAGCAGCUACAGAUAGGUUUGCAUGGAAGUGCAGAUCUCUGGAAGUGCCUGGAUAGAGCAUUCAUAGAUGCUUACCUGACCAGCCAAUGGUGGUUAUGUCUGUUAGAAUGCACUGUUUUCUAAUUGUUAAAUGUUUCGGAUAGCUAGUGAUUUUUAAAGAAUAAAAAUAUACAUAAACCUGUCUAUUUUAACUAUCCAUAUACCAUUUAUCUAUCUAAUUUCACCUCACUUCUGCUAAGAUUGUGUUACAUCUUGACCCAUUCUACCAAAUAUAUAACUUUUAGACUAGACUUAUAACACAAAAGUGCUCUUACUGUCCUAAGAUGCUGUAUGAAUUGUGUGCAUUUGGUAUGAAUGGAUUGACUUAUGCUUUGUGUUGCUGAAGCACAAGCCUUUUUACAUUAUCAGAAGCCCUUACCUAUACAUAUUUAGUACUAUGGAGAUGUGUAAGGGUUUUGGGGUUUUCAUUUGACAUACGUAUCUUUAUUCUUUAAGUACAUUUUAACAUGUUUUUUUUCUGUUGUUUCAAACUUCAGCACUAUUAAAAUACCAAUAUUUAGCAUGUUUUUAAUGUUUCUGUCCGUUAAGAAGUUAAAGGGAAUUCUAAAUUAGCUUGGGAUUUUUUUUUACAUAAUCCAUCAAGCCAGGCUUUAUAGUAAGAUAGACAGGAAAAAAUAAUUCCUAAUGCAUGCUUGGCAUUGGAAAUAGGCUGUGCCAUUUCAUUGUAGAAAAACAAAAAAGUAGACAGCCAAGUAGUUUCUGGUUAGAACAGAGAAUUCUUUAGAGCUGAUGAUUAUCACCAGACACACCUAAAGUGACACACCCUUGUUAGAAAUCCCUGCACCAAAUCCAAAAUUAAUAAUGCCAACCCUGCCAUAAUGGCUCACAAAAUACUGAACCAUACAGUGAAAAAGUCAGCAGAACUGAAAAAACAUGCAAGUAGGAAGAAAAGGCUUGUAGGAGUGUGGUGCAGAUUUGAAUUUUGUAUGUACAUGAGCUGCACAUCCUUUCAUUUUUUGAAUCAAUAUCCCUUUAACACUGUAACACUAAUUAGUUUUAAGUAUAUUUAUGCCACAUUAUUAUGUAAAGUAUAAGUGCUUAAAAUAUAGAAAGAAAUGUUUUCAUUGUAUUUGCCAGGUAUAAUUUUCUGAAUUACAACAUCAACAGAGUUAAUACUAAUAAAGGAGAUGUGCAUGGUC